AUGAAGCGUCCUGCUUCACCCACAUGGAGGCACUUCUCCUUGUUGCUGCUGCUGACGCUCAUCAACGAAGCAAUGACCUUCAAGGUCACAUCAGACCCAAGUUUGAUCCAGUCCAACGAAUCUUCUGCAGCCGAAGACAAGGCUUCCGAGAUUAUUUCCGCCGUCGAUCACUGUUUGGCUCAGCGAAUGGUGGACGCAGAGACCGACGACUGGAAGCUGGAGCGACUCAACAAGGUGCGCACUGCAGAAGUCGUGAUGCGGCUGGUCCGGGCCAAGGUUCGCACAUGCUUUUCGCCACCUACGAAUCCACGGCAUGCUGCCUUUGGGAUUUGCGCGCGCCACGACAGCCACUGUUCUCCUGCUAUGCCGGAGAUCCGCAGAGUCCAGCCAUCUGCUCUGCAGUGA